GACAGAGCUCCGUCAAACUUUUUCUAAAUAUAUCGUUUAUUCCUGUUAUUUCUUAAUAUUUAUAUUGUAAAUUGAUAACUCACAGAGGGUUAAACCUAUCCUUAAGUGUAUCCCAUACCAAAUAUCGUCAUAUAACGCACAGAUAGAUUUGUUUUAUACGAUCAUUCUCUAUUAGCACUCAGGCUGUUAGCAUUCCCAGCCUUUAGUUUCUGAAUAUUGCCUUUACUGCUUAACUCACUGUUCUCAUUAUGACACCGCUAAUGAUUCAGAUAUGUGUUUAACGUUACCUUUGAGUGCAGAUGAUGAAUCUUUCUUCGCACUUCAGUCAGAACUGGAAGUAUUGGAGAAGCAGAUCCACGAUCUACUCGAGAGGCAAACACGUCUGCGAGAACGUAAAACGGCGAUGGAAACAUCCCGGGCUGACGCUCGCAAAGCUGCGAGCCCAGGCUUCAAGAUCACGACGAGCCGAAAUGAACUUCACUCCUGCACCUGCACACACACGGCGGAAGGCGAAAUCCAGGACCGGAGCGAUGACCUCUCCCCCACCGCCACGACCGGUCUUCGAGAUUUCUACGAGAAAUCGCUUUGCCGCCCUCUGCGAGACGAAAUCCAACGCUGUGGUCAUCGGAGACUCAAUCGUCCGGAACGUACGUGCCUCCUUCAAUGAAGGUAAGGUGCGCACUCACUGUUUUCCUGGCGCCCGUGUUCUCGAUGUGUCUGCGCAGGUAACUGCGAUUCUGAAGGAGGAUGCAAGAGUAGGAGCCGUAGUUCUGCACGCGGGGGUGAAUGAUGUGAGAAUGCGGCAGUCGGAGAUCCUGAAGAGGGACUUCAGGAGUCUGGUCGAUACUGUUCGCAACGCAUCGCCCACGGCGAGGAUCAUCGUAACAGGGCCGCUUCCAACUUACCGACGAGGGAACGAAAAGUUCAGUAGACUAUUUAUGCUUAAUAAUUGGUUAAUGUCAUGGUGUAUUGAACAGAAGCUGCUUUUUGUAAAUAAUUUUGAUCUGUUCUGGGAGCGACCUAGGCUUUUCCGCCCCGACGGGCUGCACCCCAGCAGCAUUGGAGCGGAAAUUCUGUCUGACAACAUCUCAAAGACGCUACGCACCAUUUGA